AUGCGUCGAACACAGAUGCCGUCACUCCUGAUUCUGCUUCUGAUUCCGUUGGUUUCGGCUCAGCUGACCGCCGACAAUCUGAGGGCCACGUGUCCCAAUGACAAGGAGAUUUGUUACAGUAAGGCUGCGCAAGGCGAGUGUUACGGUAACUCGCUGAAGGCCCAGGUGCUGAACAAGAACUGUCCUUGUUCGUGUAGCGAGGUGCUCCAUUCGCGGAUUCAGAACUGCUGUAAGACCGUGGGGCAGCCUGAAAUGAAGUUCUGUUUGCCGUUGUGUGGGUACAAUACUACAGUAGAAGAGGUAAGAAUUCUUUAUUAACUAUUAAAAGACUUUAGGUAUCAAAUUGAAACCGCAUUAAUGUAUACUACUUAUUCUCAACAGAAAGUAUAAAUCAACUUUUUAAAAUAAAUUUUUAAAAUUUCAAAAACUCAAACUUCAAGUUACUCAUUCAAAUUUCAAAGUCUGAUUCCAGCUCGGCAGCUCUCUCGGAGUCAAGUGUGUAUCUCAACUGACCACGUUGGCUUACUGUGCAGCAGACAACAACAAUAAUACUGAAUGCUGUAAGGCCAAGGGUGUAGCCGAAGAGUGUAUGAGCUUCUGCAAAGGAGACGUGCCCACUUGUGAUCUACAGAGCAUCUUCUCGUAUCAGCCGUGCUUAAAGAGUAUGAAGGCAAUCACUCAAUGUCAGGUCGAGAACCUGAGUGCUGAAGCUAGGUUCGACCCUGAUUGGCAGGCUCCUUGUGAGUGGGAGUGA